AUGAUCACUCGAAUAAUUGAGGAAAACAAGGAAAUGAAAAAUCAUAUGUCUAAAUUGACCAAGGCCUUAGCUGUUGGAGAACAUGAAAAAUUCCCAGCUCAAGCUCAACCAAAUUCUAAUGGACAACACAUGGCACAAACCUUAUGUUCGGGAGAAAACAAUCCUAAGAAAAUGAAUGCCAUCACCACUCGAUUUGGAAAGGUUAUAGAACCAAUCCCCAAACCUAGAAAAAAUGAAAAAGAGUCUAGUGAGUCUGGAAAAAGUAGCCCUAGCGAUGAGGUAGUAGGAAAUCCAUCUAGAGUAUCCUUUCCUCAAGCUCCUAAGCUCACUCCGAAAUCGGUCAAUCUACAUAGUGAAAUCCUAGAAUACCUUUGGCAAGUAAAAAUCAAUCUAUCUCCUUUGCACGUGAUUUCACAGGUUCCUACAUAUGCUAAAAUCCUUAAAUACUUGUGCAUUGUGAAAAGGAGACAUAACGUUAAGAAAAUUACUUUCUUGAUUGAACAAGUGAGUGCUGUGAUAGAAAAAAGGAUCCCACCGAAAUAUAAGGACCUCGACUGUCUAGGUGAGAUAAAACCCACUUUUGUGUUUCUACAAUUAGCUGAUCGGUCCAUUAUAAGUCCUAGAGGAGUAGUUGAGGAUAAGUUAUCUUUUGGGAAUAUGACUUUAGAAGUCAAUAUUUUUCACAUCACUAAGCAACCAACAGAAAAUGAUGAGUGUCAUCACACAUAUAUGAUUGAGGCACUCACUCAGGAGGAGGCAUCUGCAACUGCUGAUUUUAACCCCUUGAAACUUUUUCUUUUGAAUUCAGCAAUUCCAGCAAGUCUUAAUAAUGAAGAGUAUGCUAACGUUUGUGCUGUUUUUGCAAAAUUUCAAGAUUAUGGGACAUCAACAUGGCAACCCGAGUUUGAAGAAUUGCUAGAAAAAAUGGAAAGACAGCAACCAUGA